AUGUUUCGAUCCACCCGCGGGAAGCGUCGCCAGGCCUACUUGGUUUGUCGUAGCUGCCCUGGCUCAUGGGUUUACUGCAGCAGAGCGGGCACAGCAGGCUGGGGGACUUGUCGGACUUGCGGAGUUCAUUGGCCCAAGCAGCAGCCUAGCGGCCACAGGGCGGCCACCUUCGCGGCGCAGGGCCAGCCCAGCAACGACGGCGCCACCGCCGCUCUCCUCGAGCAGCUGUUGCCCAAGUACAAGGCUGCGAGGGCGGACAGGGACGAGGCCGCGAUCCAGGCGCCGGAGGUGGUUUGCCCUGCACUCGCGGAAGCUGUCGGACCACUUCCACCAGAGGCCCCAGCAGCGCAGUUCGAGAAGCAGGCAGUUUGCUCGCGAAGGUUGCACGCCCAACAGGGGGAGCUCAAUAGCCAGCUGGUGGCCAACGCCGACCACGGUAAGGAGCUUGUGAGCAAGCUGCUGGAGGAGAACGCCAGGUCGUGCGCGGAGGCUCAGGCAGAGGCCAGCCGACUCACCAGCCUCACCACCGCGGCCAAGGGCGCGACCCCCACGAAGCAUGAUGGCGACAGGCACGGCUGCAGCGACGCGCAGAUCCAGUUCCCUGAGUUGGCCGCGGAGGACGUCGAACUGCUCGCGCCAGAUCAGAAGAAGGUCUAUGAGGAGGCGCUCGGCCACGCCAAGAAGGCGCAUGAGGUCUACAAGAGCGCGGCGGACAUCGGGCAACAGGCGCAGGGCGCGGCCAAGGCGCUACGCGAGCAACGAGAGAAGGCAACGCAGGCUAAGAGGCGCAAGGCGGACGUCGCAGCAGGCGUCGCAGCUGGAGCACCCGCGGCCCCAGAGGGGCCCGCGGAGGCGCAGGUGCAGGGCGACGCUUGCCUGGACUUCUCGGACCCCGAGAAGGUUGACGAAUUCACCCAGAAGACUAAGGCCAUCGAGUCCAGAGCGGCGGCGGCGGAGGCAGCCAAGGCAGCCGCCUGUGGCGUCCAUCUCCGGGCGCCCAAGACCAAGAGCACGUACCGCGACGCGCUGCGGGACAUCCCCGUGGUUCAGCGGCGUUUCCACGGCGCGACCUUCGCCUUCGUCGCGCGAGACCUGGAUUGUUCGAUGGGCCUGGGAGAGGCGCGAAUCCAGGAAGGUGUCAAGCGUUCCCAGAUGGGCCGACAGAGGCACGCGAUGCUCUUGGAGGCAAGGAAGGAGCAGGACAUCCUCCAGCAGGGCGUCCUGUUCGACGACGAGGACGAGCACCUGCUGGGCGACCGCUGCGCCGAGGCCUGCCGCGCAGCGCCCCGCGUCAGCGAGGCGCUGGCCAAGCGCUGCACUGUGUGGGCUGAGAAGGCCCCUUACCUCCAGGACGUGGGCAGGACCACCGGGGCAAGUGGAGUGGACGCCGAGAUGUUGCAGCAGUGCUUCAUCGAGGUCAGCUCCUACGACGCUGUGCAGACUACGGGCCCCAUGAAGGGCGCCCACCGCUACCUGAAGAAGAACGAGCAGAGGGCGCUGGACGAGACCUGCCUGGACCCCGACACGCUGGAGGUCUGUGAUACGGUUUCAGAGCACUACCGCGCUGCCGAGACCAGGGCGGCUUGCUGGAAGGGGCAGGAGAGCUUCGUGGCCAUCCUGAACGCGGCUGAGAGAUGGCUGGCUUGGUCACACCAGUUGCUGCGCAUUUUUGUUUGCGCGCCUCCAAAGGGCGGCGAAUCGGUGAUCGGCAACGAGCGCGACGUCGGCCUCCUACCCAUGCCCAUCCGCAUCUGGGGCCGCAGGUCUAUGGUGAUGGAUGGGGCCAGGGCGCGCAUCGGCUACAACGAGCAGAGCAACUUCCUUAUAGGCGUGGAGAGGUUCAAUGACUAUAUGGACAUGACUCUGAUGAUACGCCAGGCGACCGCGCUGGAUUUCCCAGCGGUGGAGCUGCACUUGCGUCGUGCCACGUGCCUGGCGACGCGUGCGAGUCGAGCCCAAGGGCGCCCGCUGAGGCCAUCGUGCCUGAAUGGUUCCAUCGUGCCUGGCUGUGGCAAAGCCAACCAUUGUGAAGGGCGUUUUUGCGCCGUCUCCUUGGGCGCGCGCGUGCACGGGCGCCCCUUUGCCAGCAUCCGCCAACAUGUGGGCGACGUGCGCGCGCGAUUUGAGAGGCCCGCUGCAAUGGUAUUGGAGCAGACUAAGUGUGUGACCAUCGGGUUGUUUCAAUGCGUGAUGGGCCUGGGCCUCCGAGCAUCGCCAAAGUCUAUCCUCGCGAUGUUUAACCCAGCCGGCGAGAUCAAGGUCCAGAAGCACGCGUUCAAGCUGACGGGCAUCGAGAUCAAGGGGGCGAGGUUGGCCGAGGAUGACGAGCCCAAGAUGAGUGCGAUGCUGGACCAGGUGAAGAAUUGGUUCCGCUUCUGGUUGGCGAGGCCGCCGCUCCGAGAGCGAGUCCGACGCGGAUGGGUCGCAGUGCCGAAGAAGAUCAUUUCCGCGAGACCGAGAGCGAGAUGGAUAUGCGUCGUUUGGCCAAUGGGGGCGUUGAUCUUGAGCCUCCGCGAGAUGGGCUCGGCACCGCGAGCGCUGGACCUCUGGGUCGACGAUCGAGGCGACGAGUGGCAGCACUUGGGCGGCGAGGGCGCCUGUGGCGAGAUCUUCCAGGCACUUCGCGGGUCUGUUCGGCGAGAGCGUUGGCGCCGGGCAGCCGGGCAUUCAGAAGGGGAGCUCGUGGAAGGAGGUGGCUUGCAAGUGCUGCGAGUCAACCUACGCCGUCUGCGCAGACGGGGCUGCCAUCGAGAAGCAGGAGCGCUGGAGGCCAACGCGCUGGCCAGCGUGCGGGCGCAGGCUCGCGCCAAAACAGCGGGCUACAAGCGCGAUGAUGCAUGUCCGAGAUGCGAGCCAGGGCGAGACACGAUCGCCCACCGCCUGUGCGAGUUCUCGGCGAACCGCCAGCGGGAGCACAGGUGGGCGAGCAGGACUGACGGACUGUGCGAGGCUGCGCAGAAAGACCCCAGUGAAGGGCGGAACGUCAGCUCCUGGACCCGCGGGACCGCUCCCCCGCCCUGGGACCCAGUGCCCAAGUCCCCCGAGUGGAACUCUGGAGGCCCAGCGGACGAGCGGAAGCAGCUCGGCGUCCUCGCGGUCCGAGCCGUCAUAAACGGCCGAGAUCUCCUGGCUUGCACUCCGCCGCUCCGCUUCCUCUCCGUGCCCCGGGCCCGCCGCGGCGGAGAGGCGGCCGGAGCACAGGGCGAGGGCGGCCACCGCGAGGCUGAUGCCGAGGAGGAGGCCCAGCAGCUGGUCUCGACGUUCUUCGUGGCCUUCCUGAGGGCGGGCAACUUCUCGGCCAGCUCCCCGGGAGACGCGCUGGCGAAGGUCGGCGUCUUCCAGCGGAAGUACAAGGGCUGGAGCGAGGCCAGCGACUGGCUGCGCGGCGCCGUGGCCACGGUGGCGGGCUCCAGCAGCCUGGAGGGCGGGCUGGAUCUCGCGGGCGCGGAGCGGCUCGCCGUGGAGAUCGGGGAGCGGUACCACGCCUUCAACGACAUGGAGUGCAAGGCGCUCAAGACCGAGAUGGAGGGCCUCCAGGUGCACAAGGCCGGUAGGGUGCGGCUGCCGCAUUUCUACCGCAAGGGGCUGUACAGCCACUGGGAGUUCAACGAGAAGGCCUCCUACCUGCGCACCCUCGGCGCCCUGGACGAGUCCGAGGAGGGCAACACGAUGGUGAUCAUGCCCAACUACCUCAUGGCCCGCACGAACUGCCUCGAGGCCACCAACAUGUACGCCCUGUGCUGUCGGAACGAGUGCGAGGACCUCAUGGACCAGCUUGAGGUGGACGUGGCCGCGCCCGAGGCGGAACCCAAAAGGCUGGCAGAACUCGUGGCGGCCAUGCCGUCGGACACGGUGGCGGCGCCGCGGAACUUGUCGGCCGCGCUGCUGUCGCGCCUCGAGGAGGUCGCGGCCAGCAACGGGGGCAAGGUGCCCCUCCACGGGCGGCUGUUCGCGCAGUGGAUGCACCACGCGUUCCCGCGAGAGUGCCCCUACCCGCACGAGCACGGGACGACGAGCCCGCAGACCCCCGACGAGUGGAUGCGGGAGACGGGCGAGGCGACCGACAAGAUGACCGAGAGCGAGCUGCUGAGGGAGGUGGAGGCCGACACGUGCGCCUGGGUCCCGGGCGAGGCGCCGGGCGCCGGCUGCGGCGACCCGGGCGAGCUGCCCUGGAGCGAGGCGGAGGAACUGCUCACCGUGGCCCUGCCGGAGGCGCACUCGCGGCCGCGCCCGCUGCUGGGCUUCGCGGCGCCCACGCACCCCGCCGCCCUGGGCGAGGGCUGGGACACCGCGGCCGCGGAGGCGAAGGCGGGCGAGGGCACUCGCCACAGCGGGCUGGCCGCGGUGCUCGCGGCGGCGCUGGCCGCCGCGGCGGGCCUCGACAGGGGGUACUUCGGGCCCCGGCGCCGCUCGGCGCGCGGCCUGCUGGACGGCGAGCCCGAGGGUGCCGCGGCUGGGGCGCUGGCGGCGGCGUGGCCCAUGGCCGAGGGCCACCGGGUGCCCGCGCUGCUGUGCGCCCUCGCGCUGGCGGCGUAUUCGGUGGAGCUGCUGGACGGAG